AUGCCAUAUGUGACAGUAACGCCAGGAGUCGACCUAUACUACGAAUUAAGAAAAACUAUAUCUCAGAACCCUUCAGAAAAACCUUGGUUACUUAGCCUUCAUCCAGUCUUUCUCGAUCUAACCUUUGCUUCACCUUAUAUUGAAGGUAAAGGUGAUUUACUCGAACGUUUCAAUAUCCUCUUAAUCGAUUUUCGUUGUCAUGGUCGUACGAUUUCAAAAGUUUCUCCUUCUUGUGACAUCUGGACUCUCGCCACCGAUUUGGCGAUUGCACUCGAUAAACUUAUGAUCGGUCCGGUUCAUAUCUUGGCGGGUGAUAGUCUGAGUACUGAAAUAUCGAUGAGGUUUGCUGGGUUAUUUCCUGAACUGGUAUCAUCGAUUUGUAUGUGCGCCAUGCCACCUGAAACCGAGCAAGGUUUCAUUCAGACUGCUUUUUAUACGAUGUUAUGGGCAUGGGUCAAUCCCGAGUUUCCAGAAGACUGGGAAUCAUCUGUCUUAGCCACCCAAUGGUGGCUUUACGGACCUAAGGCACAUCAAGAUCUAGAUGUCUUGGAUAGCUGGGCUGGAACUAUGAUCAGGCGUUACCCACCUUGUAAAGCAGUAAAAUCAUUGGGGAGUUGUAUCGCUUAUACUGAGCGUGAGCCGCCCCCGCAGAGUCUCUAUAAAUUGAUUCGAGCGCCGAUAUUAGCUCUUCAUGGUGACUUUGAGAAUAUAUAUGAUGUAACGAGAGCUCGAGCACGAUUCAAUGAGCUUACCAAUGCAGGUCCUGGAAGUAAAUUUACAGUAUUGACAGGCACGCCGCUUUCGGCUUACGAUGCGAAUCCCAAGAUCGUAAAAGCGAAUUACUACCCAUGGAUUGAUGCCCAAUUAGCAGCUUCACCUAAAGUCCCUCCAAGAGUUCGACCGAAUUUCGUGGCUGCUUUACAACUUCUGUCAGAAUUAUAUCAUGACCCUACUAUAGCCAAACGAGAUCCAUACACUUCAGAGAGUUUUUAUGGUUUGUCCGAGGAGAAAAUCAAAUCAAAUACUGAGCGAUUAGAGUACUUAAGUGAAGUAGAGAAGACAAAAUUCUCAUUCUUGGGUGGAAAUGCUCCAGAACGUUGGACAGGAGCCUCGUUUGAAGAAAUGCAUCCUUGGAGGUUUUCAAAAAGGUUCAGAACCGACAAAGGAUCAGAUAGCGUUGUAGAUGUUGCCGGAGAGAUUAUGUUAGCUAUCACUGAAUCAACACUUGACGAAAACGACGAUGAUGACGCAAGUGAAUGAACAACCAAUUUCUUGAGUUUCGUUUUUAUGGUUUUCUGAGGCUUCUAGCCAUCUACAAUAUUUCAGAUCAAACUAUAUUAAUGACUUCGUGUGUUAGUAACUUUCAUAUAUAUAUCAUCAAGCGGAACAUGCAGAUAAAAGUGACUCAAACUCAAGGGAUCUUCUCCCAUACCUGACUUAUAUAUUUGGAUUUUCUGUUUACACUUGAUGUCUUGGAUUCCUUGCUUUUUUUUGUUUUCUACUCAUGGAAUUUUUUUCUCAUUCUUCAAAGGAUUAAGUUAUUGUUUCGUCUAACUUUUUUGUUCAAAGCGUAGUGAUUUUGAAAGUAUAUAUAUCUUAUUCUUACAAAACUACUGGAUUUUAUUCAAGCAAUGUAACUUCUAACUUUCAAUU